CAAAAGGGAAAAAAAGAGGACUGCGUCUUCCUCUGUAUUGCUACACACCUGACUGCACCUACUCCACACAUCCCACUUUCCAGUGGGGACCAUGUGGGUUCUGGAUAAGAUCCGCGGGUCGGUGGAGAGUGGUGUUCUGCGACAAGGGGAGAACGGGGACAAGAGGGGUGGCACCCCGGCCUACAGCAACGUCCUCACCCCCGACAGGAUCCCAGAUUUUUUCAUUCCUCCGAAGUUGGUGAGCUGCCCCCCAGAGCCCGAGAUUCCCGCCGUAAAGCCCAAAGAAAGCCUGCACCCGUCCACUUCUGAGCACACCAUCGGUAGUGGGAAGAUCAGCAGUCCGAGAAGCCCACGUCUGGUAGCCAAGAUUGCAGGAGACACCAGGAACUUGCUGAGAGCUGCAAACCGCCACAUUAUACAGAUAGAGAGUGCAGAUGAUGUGGUGGCUGGAGACACUAACGCAGACCCCCAGUCGCAGACUGCAAUGUCUCUGCCUUAUGUCCCCAAGACCCAGACGUCCUACGGGUUUGCUACCUUGAAGGAAAGCCCCCACACGCGCCGUAAAGAGUCGCUGUUCCACUGCGAGCUCACCAGCCCCAUCACCUCCCCAAAUACGCAGAGGAAGACUCCGGGCAGAAGCAGCGACACGGGAAACCACCUGAAUCCAGCUGACUUUAACACCUCUCACAUGAAUCCCUACCGAUACUUCAGCGGCGGAGAGAGCGACACCUGCUCCUCAGCCGAGUCCUCCCCUUUCAGCUCCCCUCUGCUCUCUCGCUCCGCGUCCCUGCUCAAGAUCUUCACCCAUGAGACGCAGGCCAAAGUGGUGAAAGCCAAGCGGACUUUCGCGCGCCACAGCUCCCUCUCCACCGACGAGUGCAGCUCGGCCGAGCCCAGCCCCAACGUCCAGCGACGGCUCCACGUCCCCACCUAUCACGGCGGCGCUGGAGCUUCGGACCACGGCCUCCAUCAGGAGCACACCAUCAACCUGCACAAAGGCGGGACAGUGCGGAUCAGCGUCAACUACGACUCCAGCACCUCGCGCCUUCUCAUCCGCGUCCUGGCGGCGGAGAGUCUGUACGACAAGCACUUCGACAUGAAGAGCAUCAACUGCUGCGUGUCUGUCUACCUGAACCCCGGCAAGCUGCAGAAGCAAAGGAGCAACAUCAUCAAGAACAGCCGCAACCCGGUCUUUAACGAGGACUUCUUCUUCGACUCCAUAAGUUCCACUCAGGUGAAGAGCCUCUCCGUGAAGUUCAAGGUGGUGAACAAAGGCACCAGCCUCAAGAGGGACACCUUGCUGGGAGAGCGAGAGGUGCCUCUGGGGAAGUUGCUCUCAGGGGUUUAAAGCUCCAGGAACUGAAGGUCAAAGGGGGGCAAAGAGCGAGGAUACAGAUGAAACUUAAAUUAGAUGUUUGCACUGGUUUCUAUGUUUUAUUUAUUCUAACAGUGACCAUAAAGACAAAGGGAGACGACAGGGAAGGACCUCCAAGAAUGAAAACCAAUCCCAUAAGGAACAUCAGCUUUAAUAAAUCUAAAUAAACACUAAGAGCACUAAAUAACCCAGAUGUAGCCGAUACGUGGACACCUCAAGGAUUUAUCAUCCCCAAGCUCUGCCUAACUCCCUCUCCCAUUAAUGAACACUCAUUAAACCAAGCUGGGCUGAACAGCAACGGUUGAAUUUGACACAUGAAAGGUUUUCUUUCUGGCCGGGUCUCCCAGCCAGCUCCGGUUCAAAGGUUGGAGGACACCUGUGCUUCACUGCGCUCAUCUGUGCGUGCCACGGUUUUAUUAUUGUAAUGUGGCAGAAAUCCGCAGCAGCGCUGGAUGCGAUUUCCCCAUCUCGCCAUGUGCUGCGCGGGCACAGAGAUGCUUUUGUGAAACGGUGGGAGCUUUGAAGUGGCACUAGAGCCUGAUGUGCAAAUGACCCUUUGAUCCCAGUUGCCAGAGCAGCCCACAUUUACAUGCCCAUCAAAAAGUACAAUUAUAACACGAUUGAUCUUGUAAGAAACACUGAAGUCUGUGUUAUAACGAUACAAUUAAGGAUAACUGAACAUUACAGAACAUUUACAAAUGUGGGGAAACAAUGUCUGUAGAGUUUAAUCCUUUCCUUCAGCGUCAAACAUUUUAAAGAAAGCAUUUGUCGCUGUCUUUUUGACACAAAACAGAGCAAAACCACCUGUAUUCUUACAAGCAUGCAAAAUAUGAAAAACAGCCUAGGUGUAAACAAAUCAUUUCUCAUCUAUUUUGAUUGCAGAGCAACAUUCGGACACUAUCCAUGAAAAAAAUCUUAUAUUAGAAGCAGAUUUCUUCCCCUUAAAAUAUUCCUAAAGCUUAAUUAUAGACAGAAAUGACUUGUUAAAAUGAGAUUUUUAUUAGUGAGCAGUAAUGUUUUUGGAUUUUAAUAUUUUUAAUAGCCCCCAGUCAUGUCUGUAACAGUAUGAAACACAGCUAUGAGUUAAUGAAAGUGGAGCAGCAAGGGGAAACUGGUUGCAGUAUAUUUGAUAUACAUAUUUAUCUGGUUGAUGAAAUCCUUAUACUGAGAUGAAAUAGCAGUGUGGGCACUCCAGUUAAUAACAGUCCGUCAACAUGCAGUCAAGUCCAGUGUGGGCACCUUGAUUAAAUCCUAAUUAAACAACAUGUUCUCACCAGAGCUGUGCGAUAUGACCAAAAUCUCAUAUC